CUGGAUGGGGGUUCCAAGUUGGGAGAGGUGGCUCUGAGGAUUGGACCUCGUUUGCCCCUUUGUCCCACUUCCCGAAGGGUUCACUGUCCCCUCAAGUCGUCACCUCAAUUCCUCUUCUUCCAACUAAGCCAGAGACCGCUCAGACAACUUCAGCCUUAGGACAAAUCCCAGGACUUUCUGGAACCUGCAUGAGGCUCCCCCUCCCUGCCCCCUUCCAGCUGUGCCUGCCCCUCACGCUGUACUGGCACACAGAUUCUCUGUCCACUCCGCCAGGGAUGUGGGCGGGGGCUGGGGAGGGACCAGAGUCGGAAUGAAAGGGCCCUUUUCUUCCACAGCUGGGAGAACAGCUGCCACCAAAGCAAGACUGGACACUCUGUGCCCAGAGUCCCCUCUGCAGCUGGCCUCCCUUCCUGGAGCUGGGCUCCUCCUCACCUCGCCCUCCUUUCUUCCCUGGUCUGCCUCCCACCAGGGGCCUGCAACCGCGGGAGGCAAGGAAGGUGUGCAGCCAGAGGGGUCUGCAGAGCAGAGACAAGGGCAGCCUCUGCUCAAGAACUGCCUACUUCUUUCAAGACCAGGGGAACUGUGGGAGGAGAAAUUGUGGGGCACAGCAGAGCUUGCCCGCCCCCAUUCCCUCUGGAGGGCUCGACAAGGGAAGGGGCAUUAGGGGGCACAGAGAUGCAGGACAGAUUGCACAUCCUGGAGGACCUGAAUAUGCUCUACAUUCGGCAGAUGGCGCUCAGCCUGGAGGAUACUGAGCUGCAGAGAAAGCUAGACCAUGAGAUCCGGAUGAGGGAAGGGGCCUGCAAGCUGCUGGCAGCCUGUUCCCAGCGUGAGCAGGCUCUGGAGGCCACCAAGAGCCUACUGGUAUGCAACAGCCGCAUCCUCAGCUACAUGGGCGAGCUGCAGCGGCGUAAGGAGGCACAAGUGCUGGAGAAGACAGGCCGGAGGCCUUCUGACAGCGGAACCCCUGCUGAGCGCUCCCCCUGUCGUGGCAGGGUCUGCAUCUCUGACCUCCGGAUUCCACUCAUGUGGAAGGACACAGAGUAUUUCAAGAACAAAGGCGACCUGCACCGCUGGGCUGUGUUCCUGCUCUUGCAGCUAGGGGGACACAUUCAGGACACAGAGAUGAUCCUGGUGGACAGGACCCUCACGGACAUCUCCUUUCAAAACAACGUGCUGUUUGACGGGGCAGGGCCAGACUUUGAACUGCGGCUAGAGCUGUACGGGGCCUGCGUGGAAGAGGAGGGGGCCUUGGCUGGUGCCCCCAAGAGGCUUGCCACCAAACUCAGCAGCUCGCUGGGUCGCUCCUCUGGGAGACGCAUCCGGGCAUCGCUGGAGAAUGCUGGAGGUUCAGGGAGCAGUCCCGUCCUGCUUCCCACCCCAGCCGUAGGUGGCCCUCGUUACCACCUCUUGGCUCACACCUCACUUACCCUGGCAGCCGUGCAAGAUGGGUUCCGCACACACGACCUCACCCUCGCCAGCCAUGAGGAGAACCCCGACUGGCUGCCCCUUUAUGGUAGCGUGUGUUGCCGCCUGGUGGCUCAGCCGCUCUGCAUGACUCAGCCUGCUGCAAGUGGUACCCUCAGGGUACAGCAAGCUGGGGAGCUGCAGGACUGGGUCCGAGUGCAUGGAGUCCUGAAAGGCACAAACCUCUUCUGUUACCGGCAACCUGAAGACGCAGACACUGGGGCAGAGCCGCUGUUGACUAUUGCAAUCAACAAGGAGACUCGAGUGCGGGCUGGGGAGCAGGACCAGGCUGCAGGCCGGCCCUUCACCCUGAGCAUCAGUAACCAGUACUCAGAGGACGAGGUGACGCACACCCUUCAGACAGAGAGUCGGGGCGCCCUACAGAGCUGGAUGGAGGCUCUGUGGCAGCUUUUCUUUGACAUGAGUCAGUGGAAGCAGUGUUGUGAUGAAAUCAUGAAAAUUGAAACCCCAGCUCCACGGAAACCACCCCCAGCACUGGCGAAGCAGGGGUCUUUGUACCAUGAAAUGGCUAUUGAGCCGCUGGAUGACAUCGCAGCAGUGACAGACAUCCUGGCCCAGCGGGAGGGUGUGAGACUGGAGACACCCCCACCCUGGCUAUCAGUGUUUACAGACCAGCCUGCCCUGCCUAAGCCCUGCUUGCCUGCCUCAGUGGCCCCAGCCCGGACCCAACCCUUGCCCUGGGGGCGACCCCGAACAUUCUCCCUGGAUGCUGUCCCCCCAGACCACUCCCCUGGGGUUUCCCACUCAGCUGCCUCUCUGCCUCCACGGUCCCCACAGUCCAGAGGCCUCUGCAGCAAAGGUCCACCCCGCACUUGGCUCCAGUCACCAGUAUGAGAGAGAAAGGUGCUGGCAGCAGGAUCUGGCCAGAAGAGGAGAUAGCCUACGUGCAGCUGGGCUCUGGAUGUGGCACUGUCUGUAGCAGGGUGGCCAGCCUGGCCUCCCCCUCCUCUGCUGGACUGGGAAGAGGCUGAGGAGGGGGAGCAGAAGGCCUUCUUAAGUUAUGGUUGCCCUGCUGCUGAGGACUCAUUUCUGGGGCUGUCUGGGAUCCCCCAAACCUUUCCUGGGAGAAAACUGGAACCAACCCUGUCCUACCUUCAUGCACUAACCAGCUUUGAGGAUGGCUGACGAGCCCUGGGCAGAAAUGGGCCUCCCUUGUGACCCCCACAUCACCAUUAAAGUUAUUUAACAACGGCCUUUACGUGGUUCUUG